AUGUCGAGCGGCCUGGAUGGCAGAUUUUAUGAGGCCGACUUCCCUGAGCUCGAGGAAAUCGUCGUGGUUCAGGUAAAGCGCAUCGUAGACAUGGGCGCGUACGUCAGCCUCCUCGAGUACGACGGCAGAGAGGGCAUGAUGCUACUGAGCGAGCUGUCCAAAAGGCGGAUCCGGUCUGUGUCGAAGCUCUUGCGCGUCGGCCGCACGGAGAUUUGCAUGAUUGUCCGUUUAGAUAAGGAUAAGGGUUAUGUCGACCUCUCCAAGAAGCGCGUAGAGCCUGAAGAUGCCACGGCCAAGGAGGAGUCUUUCGCCAGGGCCAAGGCCGUGCACGGUAUCAUGCGGCACGUGGCUUCCACAAAUGAUGUAGAAGUUGAGGAGUUGUGCAAUAAGAUCGCUUGGCCGUUGUACAAGAGGUACCAGGACGCCUACGAGGCGUUCCGCAAGCACAUAAACGAGGAGAUCAAUCUCUGGGACGAAAUUGACUUCAGCCAGCCUGGUCGAGAUCUCACUGACAUUGCAGAGAAGCUCAAGGAGGACAUCGAGACAAAUCUGCGACGACGGCUGAUUCAGCAGCAGUUGCGUUUGCGAGCCAAAAUCGAAUGUUCCUGCCUUGAGUAUGCUGGCAUUGACGCUGUCAAGGAGGCGUUGACCAAAGGGCUGGAAGUGCAGAAGGAGGACGUCGAGCUGAAGAUCAAUCUGAUCGCCCACCCAGUUUUCGUUGUCACGUGCACGUGCAAGGAGAAGGCUUUGGGCAUGAAGACGAUUGAGGAGUCCUUCGAGUUGGUAAAGGAGUGCAUCUUGUCGCAUGGGGGGACGUUCAACGUGGUGCAGAUGCCAACAGUCGUCGGGGACGACGACAAAAAGGAGGAGGAACAGGAGGGAAGUGGAUCGUCGUCUGAUAGCGAGAGCGAGCAAUCCCACAUGGGUGGCAUCGACGAGGAUGAGUUGAAGAAGCUCGAGGAGGCGACGAAAAAUCGCGUCGACGAGGAGGAGAAGUGA